AUGCCUCAUGAAGAAUCUUAUAUUGUAAAGGAUUUUAUUUCUGCUAAUGACGAAAUCAAAGUAUUACAAACCUUACCGAAUUACCAAAGUUCAAUGUAUACUAGCAGAUUAACAAACACUAAAGAGAUUAAGCUCGCGUAUGAAUCAGCUAAAUUUAGAGAUUCAAAGAUGUACGAUCUUGAAGUUUGUGCGAUGCAGUUGAGCUAA